UUUUCCCUGCGACGUAUUUGUUGACAGUGGUGGCAGACAUGGCUCUAUUUCCAGCAUUUUCAGGGAUCUCUGGAGAGAGCUCGGCUUCUGCACGUACAGAGUUGGACUGGCUGAGCAAUAAGAGUUUCUGCACUGAGGACGCUCUUGCACUGCACCAGCGCACCCUGCAGUCAACACCCCCUCCUAACACUGUGUCCCGUUCAGCUAGCCGGAGUCUGUCUGAGUCAGAGUUGGCAGAAGAGGAGGCAGGAAAAAAGAAGAAAAAGAAGAAAAAAAAGAAGAAAAAAAGUCACAAGAAGAAAGGUUCUGAUAAGGACGAAGAUGGCAGCGCUGACUCUGAUUCCAGUGCAGCAAACAGGAAGGCGAAUGAACCUGACAUUGCAGCAAAGAGGGACACUCAGAUGCCAGAAUCUGGCCGUGUUUUUUGGCUUGAUGAAGCUCAGUCUGUUGAAGAGGAGACAUUCAGAAUUGAUAAGAAAGCUGACCCUGCAAACUGGGAGUACAAGUCACUGUACCGAGGCGACAUAGCAAGGUACAAGCGGAAAGGAAAUUCUUGCUUGGGAAUUAAUCCAAAGAAGCAGCUGAUUGUUUGGGAAAACCAGUCUUCUGAUAAGAAGAAACAAGCAAAUAAGAAGCAGAAACGUUACUUUGCUAAGAGUGCGGUGCAACAGCUCCAGUCCCAUGCUAAUACAGUGUCCAUCAACAACUACGACUCUAGCCGAGACUUCAUUCCUGUUAUGGAUUGUGACCAAGAAGGUUCCAGUUUAUCCAAAUUGCCCACCAGUUGGGUGAACCCAUUGGGAGUGUAUGAUGCAUCCACUGCUCUCUGGCUACAAGGCAAAGGUGUGCCGCAGGAGGAAAAUCCCCAGCCAGCUUCUCGGGAGAGCAGUAUGUUAGGCCGAGUGGAGGAGUACAACAGACGGAUCAGAGAAAACCCAGAGGAUAUCAAGAUGUGGAUGGAGUUUGUGUCUUUCCAGGACGAGCUGGUAAAUCAGCCCAGCAUGUAUUGCACCAACGCCGGAGAAGCCGAAAGCCAUCGGAUGUCACUAAAACUGCUUUUGGAGAAAAAACUAUCCAUUCUAGAUCGAGCAAUUGAGAGCAAUCAGGGCAGCAUUGAGCUGAAACUGGCUCGGCUGAAGAUCUGUGAAGAGUUUUGGGAGGCUCCUGCUCUGCUCAAGGAAUGGAAGAAAUUAGUUUUUCUUCACCCCAAUGAUCCAAACCUGUGGCAGAAAUACAUCCUCUUUUGUCAGAGCCAGUUCAGCACCUUCUCUGUAUCCAAAGUAAAUAGUAUCUAUGGAAAGUGUAUAACCACAUUAGCAGCAGUGCAAGAUGGCAGCAUUCUUUCUCAUCCACCUCUUCCAGGCGCAAAGAGAUGUAUGUACGAUGUGUUCCUUCAGCAGUGCCAUUUCUUGCGACAGGCUGGGCACACUGAGAAGGCGGUUUCCCUCUUCCAGGCUCUGAUUGAAUUUACAUUUUUUAAACCUGACAGCGUGAAGCACAUGAGCACGAAGGAACAGGUAGAAUUUUUUGAACCUUACUGGGACAGUGGAGAACCACGAUUCGGGGAGAAAGGAUCAAAAUGCUGGAGUGCUUGGAUGCGACAGCAGGAAAGAGGAGGCUGGGUAGCCAUCAAUAACUUAGUGGAGGAAGAUGAAGAGGAAGCAGAAGAGGAUUUUGACAUUAAAGAUAAAAGCUGCCCGAGGGAUAAAAUCUGGCUAGAUAUGGAGACCAACCGUGAAGCUAGACACUGGUUGCCAUGGAGACCAGACUCCACCAAGGAGCAAACAGAAGAGGAUUGUGAAGACCCUGAGAGACAGGUACUUUUUGAUGAAUUGGGUCCAUCCAUGUUCAAAAUAUCCAGCCCUGAGCUCCAAUUUCAGCUCAUGUUGUCCUUCCUCCAGUUCCUUGGAGUUCCAUGUGGCCCCUGCUUACCUAUUUCCUGCUUCUACUUGUCACUGGACAAAACUAACAUCUUUGACCACAUCCCACCUUAUGAGAGGCUGUUGACUUCAUUUGAUUUUCCCCAAUCUGGAAUCAGUAUAGUUGGCCAUCUUGACACAAUGAGCAGAAGCAGACAACAGAUGAUGGGUCAUUGUAAAGAAGGGGAAUCCUUCAUUCAAAAUGUUAUCCAAUCUGCAUUAUCAACAUUCCAAGGAGAAGAGAAGAUAAAACUUUCAGUAUGUUGGCUCCAGUAUGAAAUAGCAAAGGUUGUUUGGUGCUUACAGACAAAGAACAAGAAGAAGUUGAAAACUCAAGGCAAGCGGAGCAAGCGACUUGCAAAGAGCCUUCUGAAGGAGGCUUCCAACAGGAACAGUCUAGCACUAUGGAAGGAGUAUGCCCUUCUGGAGUGGCUUUUGGGUAACAUAGAUGAUGCCAGGAAGGUUUUUGAUACAGCUAUGAGCUUAGCAGGAAGUAAUCACUUAAACGAUCAGGAGAUGUGCAGGCUUUGUCUGCUGUAUGCUGAACUAGAAGGAGAGUUACUGGAAAGUCCAGAGAGAGGUGCAGGAAGCCGAGCCGUUUAUAUUCUCACUAGCCUUACAGACAACUCUCCAUAUGUGCCCUAUAAAGGUCCGGUGCUGGCCACUAGCCUUCUGAAAGCUCGUAAAAUAUAUGAGCAUGCUCUACAAGACUGCAUCAAGCAGCCAGCAUCUACAGGGCUGGUGAGUGUGUUGGGUUGUUUUGUACUUUUUCAGUAUCUUACUGUAAGUAUCGAUGCUGCUGUUGCUGUAUUUAAACAUGUUAUUGGGUCAGACCUGCACCCUACUGUAUCAAACCUGCAAACUCAGGACUCCCAAAGUCUUCUACAGGCAAUUACAGUUAUGCACACGAAUUUGCUCAGGUAUCACACGAGAAUUGGUGUCUAUCCACUAAAUCCACUCAGAGACACUCUGAUGAAUGGUCUGAAGUUGUAUCCAACCAGCAUUCCUUUGUGGAAAUCCUACAUCCAAACGGAAAGCAAAUCUCACAAUGCUUGCAAAGCAAGAAGGUUCAUAGACAGUAUCAGGAGAAAAACGAAUGCUUUGGAACCCUGGCUCUUUGCAAUCCAAGCGGAAGAUGAAAGAAGAAAGCUUAUUGAAUCUGUGCAGAGGCUGGAUGUGGAAGAGGUACACACCAUCAUGCCUGAAACAGGCCUCUCAAACCGUAUCAAGGCGUUGUUUGAACGCGCCCUUCGCACUGAAUAUGGCUCUAGCUGCGUCCUGCUCUGGCGUAUGUACUUGCACUUUAUGGUAUCGCUGGGGCAUAAGGAACGCAGCAAAGGCCUAUUCUUUAAAGCAAUACAGAGCUGCCCAUGGGCAAAGGUGCUUUAUCUGGACGCUGUGGAGUACUUUCCUGAGCAACUCCAGGAAACUGUUGAUCUUAUGACUGAGAAAGAGCUGCGAGUCAGAGUUCCGUUAGAAGAGCUGGAACUGUUACUUGAAGAUUAGUUUGGGUUUUAUAUAACUGUCCUGUCAAGACUUUCUGACGAAAUAUGUAUAAUAAUAUAUUUAUGGUGAAAUAAAAAAUAUUUUUCAAAAAAUUAAGAAAUAAAAUGCAACCACCCACCUGAA